CAUCGGUCGCGUGUGGGAGACGCUCUGGCCCGCCGUUGACAUAGAACUCUGCAUGCAUUCUUUGGAUUGCUGACGACAGUAACGCUCAUGCCAGUGUGCAAACUGCAAGCGUGAAUUUUGUGACGGGCUGUUCGGAACACUGGGUCACGGACUGCAUUCCCCUCUCCCAAGAACAACGCAGCGCACAUUCUGACGACAGACAAGCUACGAGGGUAUCCCCUACGCCAGAGUACGUCGCUAACUUCGAAAGAGAGAACCACUGCAUCAUCUUCGUAAUGACAACAACAUGAAUGGCAGCGAGCGGUUGCCUGCUGAAGACAGUCGACCAAAACCAAGAAGGUCCAAAUGUUCUUGUUCACCGAGGGAGGAAAACGUCAAAGAAGGAGUCCUCGCCAUGGCAAUUCGCUUGAUAGCUAUCUCUACUGGGCCCGUCGUCUCCCCGUGCCAGAAAGGAAGACACUGGACGAGUACCACUCGCGUAUCAGCGUGGACCCAUUCACGGAAGACCUGCAGAGUUCGCUGAUCAACGCUUCCUUCAGACAGACAGCUUACAUCUAAGACUGUGUGUCUAGCGAAAGAAGCGUCGUGGAAUGAGCCCCUUGCGAGGUGGAAGCGCAGUGCCGCUUCCCGACAUGGCUGCGUCAGCUGUGUCCCCCGUAUUUCCUUGGCCUGCCGUGCCCACGCCCGCAGAGGACAUGGAAGUGGUGAACGCGACGGGGUUCCCCGGACUCGCCAUGUCCGUUCAGGAAGCCAUCGUCACUGCUGUCACCUUGAGCAUCAUCACCGCGUUCACCGUCGUCGGUAACGUCCUGGUGAUCGCGUCCGUCUUCACUCAUCGACCCUUGCGUACAGCCCAAAACAUAUUCCUCGUCUCGCUGGCGGUCGCCGACAUCGCUGUAGCGCUUCUUGUGAUGCCAUUCAACGUAGCUUACUCCCUGCUCGGCCGCUGGUUGUUUGGUCUUCACCUGUGCGAGCUGUGGCUCACCUGUGAUGUCCUCUGCUGCACCGCCUCCAUCCUGAAUCUGUGCGCCAUUGCUCUCGACCGUUACUGGGCGAUACACGACCCAAUCAACUACGCGCAAAAACGAACGCUUCGUCGGGUCCUGUUCGCCAUCGUCCUGGUGUGGAUCAUCAGUGCGCUUAUUUCGGUACCACCACUUAUCGGAUGGAAUGACUGGCCCGAACAGUUCGACGACACGUCGCCUUGCCGUCUCACUCGGGAACGUGGCUAUGUGUUAUACUCCGCUGCGGGCUCUUUCUUCAUUCCGCUCGUCAUCAUGAGCAUCGUGUACCUCAAGAUAUUCCUGGCCACACGUAGAAGACUUCGCGAGCGGGCUGGUGCUGCGGCGAGAGUACCCUGUAGGAAGGAACUGGCGGUACCUCUGGAGCGGAUCCCGUCCUCUUCAGACGCCAGUACGAAAGAGGAUCACCCAGUUCUUGCGAAACGGACGUCCCUAACAGAGACGACGGUGUCGCUCGAGAGGGGGGGUUCCCUGAACGGCCGGCCUCCCGUUGUGAAAGUGUCCUUGUGCUGGGAGCAGCGGCAGCGGAUAUCUCUAUCUCGAGAGCGAAGGGCUGCUCGUGUCCUCGGUGUCGUUAUGGGGGUAUUCGUCCUGUGUUGGCUGCCUUUCUUCCUAAUGUACGUCAUUCUUCCCUUCUGCGGCGACCAGUGUCCUGUGUCUGAAGAGGCCGUCAACUUUGUCACGUGGCUGGGCUACGCUAACUCUGCCCUGAACCCUGUGAUCUACACUGUGUUCAACAUAGACUUCCGAAAAGCCUUCCGCAAACUACUCUGCGGGGUGCGACGGACUCAGAUAUGAAGCGAGAGGCAACGCUACCGCCUGCCCAAUGGCAUACUGUGCGUGUGUGUUGUCUCCGCACACAGGGUGACCCAAAUUAAUGCUAGUCUACUUUUCUUUAUUAGUUAGAGGCUGUUGUAAUUUACUUUGUACUCAGCAGAACUAGGCAGAAUUAUUCAGCGGCAAACUGGCUUAUGAUGGUCGCACGAUGUCACCUAAAUUGUCUUUUUGAACACCGCAGGUUCUACUUGUCGACCUCAAGUCGCGAUGCCGAGUAAAGACUAUACUGCUUUGCGCAAAAUUUAUACUUGGAAAGAUUAUAUUUCUGACGAUCAAGCUCUUGCAGCUUUGUAUGCGGUUACGUAUUCCACUGACACGUCUUAUGAUGUCGCAAAUAAGACCCUCCUUAGACCAGCAUUUAUUUGAACAACCUUGUCUAGUUAAAUUAUCUAAAGGGGCAGUGAAAGAUACCUCCAUAAUUUUUGGUCUCGUUUUUGGCUGCGGCGAGUUAGACGAAAAGAACCAUGCAGUGUUCUUGCAUAAAAACAAUGAUCACAGCUGACCUGUAGCACGCGACAGAACUCCUUGAAAACCCUCAACUCAUUCAGAGAGACUGUAAGAGAAUGAGGGAUGGUGACAUCACUCCGUAACGCGGAGAGGACAUGACGGGAGUGUCGGUCCUGUGACUCACUCAAGACUGCUCGGUACGCUGCUUCUACGUCACGCAGUACUGGCCGGCCUGCAGGGUCACGUCGCCCCACAACAAAGCUGAUUUUUAGGGAGUUUUCGUAAAUUGAGUUGCGCAAUGAGGAGACAGAGCUCCCCAUUUUGCAUGGUUGCUUAUGACAUAGACUGGAUGAUGGCUUAAGCCGAGUUUUGAGAUAUCGUAGCUGUCAUUUCACUGCUCCUUUAAUGAAAGACUCAGUUGAACAACGAUCAGAGCCCAUGAAAUAGGAAUUGUAAGCUUGAGACACAAUCUCCGUAUUAUUUUUUUCCGAUUCGUUCAAAUCCAGGUUUCGCAAUGGUUAGCAACAUGACGAAUCGUCUCUCGAACGUUUUAACCAGUCUGUGGAGGAGCAUUUUGCUUCUGUUCGACCACUCUGUACAUACAGACUCGUGUACAUAUAAUCUCUUUCAAUAACGCACGACAUGUUUUUCGCAAGUAACGUCAGUGCGGUGCUAUACAUUUCACUGGCAACCCAGUGCUCGUUUUUCUUUCAUUGCCUACUGCAACGAUUCAAAAGGCACGCCAGAGACUGGAGAUGGUGGCUGCUGACGUUCUUGCUCCAGCUAUUGGGGGGGGGGUGAUAUAUUUAUUAGACGAAAGGGAAAAAACAGGGGAAAGGUCAGCCAAACGGCUCCAGCUGUGGCUGUGAUCUUGAUGACAGCAAUAGCAGCGGCACGUUAACUCACGUCAGCUGAAAACAUUCACUGCUAUUCUAUGGUUCUGGCAUCAGUGUGGCAAAAUAGCAGAUAUCGUGUCGUGCGUAAGGUUUCAUUCGUUCUU